AUAAAUUGGAGCCACAGUGAACGACUCAGCAUCAGUCCAGCAUUGAGCUUCCCCAUCACAGCUCCUCCUUCAUCGAGCCAAAGGAUUACGGCCUUAGUUGAGCAUAAAACAGAAAAGGGAUUUCCGGUUUCCACAAUUUCCUAAGGGAGCAAUCGCCAUGCGUGUCUCGUCGCUGUUCGUUGUUUGUGUCGCCUCCGUUCUGGUGGCCACCACUCUGGCCCGUCCGGAGCCACCAUCCCCCUAUGCCGCCUACCAUGGAUUACCACAGCAGCAGAGCCAGCGGGCUUUGCCACUAAACGCUCAUCCCGUGGCCCCUCAGAUCUACCAAUCCCUGCCCCAGGAACAGUCCUUUGCCAACUUCGCGGCUCCCCAGCAGACCUACCUCCCCCCUCAGCCCCAGCUGCAGCAACAGCAGGAUGUGAUCGAGCCUGUGGCACCCACCGCCGCCGCCGCUGAGCCCCUGAAUCCCUAUGACGACAGCUACAACAUGGCCCAUCGCCUGUCGGGAGUCCAGCACGCCAGUGGCUACAACAACGCCCCCCAGGAGACCAAGGUACACAAGCACAUCUACGUCCACGUGCCACCUAAGGAUUUCGAGGAGGAGGACGCCAUCCAGACCCGUGUCCACCACCAGCAGGGACCCAAGCAGAAGCACUACAAGAUCGUCUUCAUCAAGGCGCCAUCUGCUCCUGCGAUCCGUCCUCCAGUUGUGCCACCACCACCCCAGAACGAGGAGAAGACUCUGAUCUAUGUCCUCCACAAGAAGCCCGAGCAGGAGCAGGACAUCGUCAUCCCGACACCACCACCCACCAAGCCAUCCAAGCCCGAGGUCUACUUCAUCAAGUACAAGACCAAGAAGGAGGAGGCUCCCGUCUAUGGUCCCCCGCCCGCCGAAAUGGAGCCCCGCCAGGCUACCCACGAGGACUUCGCCCCACUGGCUGAGGUUGCUGAUGUUCUGCCCCCUACGACUCUGGCUCCCGAACCGGAAUUAGAGCAGCCCGCCGCCGUUCCUGUCCCCGCUGCCAUCUAUGGCCCACCCACUGCCGCGGCUUACACCGGAGAAGAGGUGCCCACCACCCUGUCCGCUCCUGCCAACCAGUACCUGCCCCCCGCUACCGCUCCGGCAGCCCUUGCCGCUGUCGAGGAGCCCGUGAUGGCGCCCAUUGUGGUGGAGGAGCAGCCAGAGCUCCAGCAGCAGCGCCAGGCCCACAUCCCGGCCACCAGCUACGGUCCUCCCAACCGCUUCUUCCUUAAGAAGCUGAAGUGAGGCCCCGCAGUGAACUGCCUUAGCCAAUUUCACAGUUUGUCGUAGUCUAAUGUCCAUUGGAGGCACUGCCUCCGACUCCCCCCCUUCCCAAUUCACACAUGCACACGUGCCACACACACCUUCCACAUGCACAUCACGUUGUUUGUUCGUUUGUAACACUUGUUAAACUUGUUUUAUUAAAAUUUUAUAGAUAAUA